AUGGCUCGCCCGGGACGCCUGCUUCUUGCAGCAGCUGCGCUGCUCUUCGCGCUGCGUUGCUGCUUUGUGCCGAGCCCUUCUGAGUCUCCCAGGGCCAAGUCCGACUUCAAUCCUGCGGUUGCUGCCUCCGCGGCCUUGCCUGCACUGACCAUGCUGGCACAGGAUGCCGAGGCCAAGUACGGAGAUCAGCGCAAGUUUGCGGCAGUGCUGGUGCCUUUGACAACCCUUGUCUUCCCUGCAGUGGCGAUGGGCAUGUUCGUGUUGUACUCCUUCCAGGAGGAUGCCUUCUGGCGCAUUGUCCCAGGAACCAAGCGCGCCAGGGAGCUCGACGAGGCUUGGAGGGAGCAUCCCCUUUUCGCCAAUUCCAAGGAUCCCCUUGAUGGCCUCAUCAACCCUGAUGACUACGAGAAGGGCUUGGAGGAGGCUUGGGAGCGUGCCAAGCCUGCCGGCAGCACAGUGACGGUGAAGGACAAGCUUAAGCAGCUGUCCAAGCAGAACAACCCUCACUGGGAGUCCUGGAGGGCGAUGUCGGCGUAG